AUGGAAGGCUUUAACGAAAGCGAUGAUAUGGCUGAGCCUAUAACUUAUAUAUGCGGAGAGUGUGGUAAUGAUGUAGCUUUACAGUCCACUGCCGCCGUUCGUUGCAGAAACUGUGGAUCCAGGAUUUUGUACAAAAAACGUUCCUACAGAGAGUUGAAAUCCCUGGCUGAACUACUCUACUCAGCUUCGGAAGACAGAAUAGUUGAAGAAUAUGAGAAGUUUGAGUUUUUUAAGCUCAAACUGGACUCGUUGCUUUCAACUAUCACUCGCUACAGAAUUCAACUCAACGAUUCUCAAGAUAAAACUAUUUUUGGGCCUAAAACUCUUAAGACCGUCAAUUCACUAGUGUCAGAUUACGAUAAACUAUAUGAAGCUUACGAGGACCACCUGUACAAUAUUUAUACGCCGAUUCAGCACCUAUACAACGAGUACAAAAGGAAUAAGGAAGUAGAGCUGGAGCCGGAGAAGGUCCAGUUUAAGUCCAUUGUCGAGGAGACGAAGUUGAAUUUGAAACAAAUCGACGAGGUUAAGCAGAAAAUUAAGGAAGUCCCCAGGGAGGUGGACUUUGCAAACAUUAAAAACGAGGACUUGCCGUCAAACACACUGUUCGACAAGAUCGUGGAUAUCUACAAAAGUGAGCCCUGCAAGGACCUGGAAACCAUUUUGACGGAUAUUGGCAAUGAACACCCUGACGAAUUUUUGAAAAUUGUGGAAAAUCUGUCGAAUUUGUUCAAUGAAAUCUCACGGAAGCCUGACGAGGUUAACUUGAGGCUGCUUAGGAUAAACAAUGAAAAGCUGCAGGAAGAUUUUUUAAAGUACUUCAGCUCAGCUAAGAUUCUUAGAUUCGCUGGCUUUAGAAUUGCCCAAACACACGAAAUCAGCGACCAUUUACAGAAAUUGAAUAUUAAAUGUGACGAUGAGUAUUUUUUAUAUCUUAAUGAGCCUGAUAUGUUCACCUCAUACAACAAGUGGAAGGACUGGCUAAAUAAAAUUAGUUUUGUUUCGGAGCACCUAAAAACGUUCCUUUUAAAUUAUAAGCGGUUGAGGAGGUCAGAUGCCGACUUGAAAACCCUUGUUUCCUCAUCUUUGCGCUAA